AUGCCGCGUCCUCGUGUGGGCCUUCCCAGUACUGGGCCUUUACCCAAGAAGCAUAAGGGAUUUGCAGGAGCAGAUGAAGAUGAAGAGGAAGAGGAAGCAGGUGCUAGUGCUCCUGCUGCCGAGGAGCUAAUUCAAUCUGAUACUGAGCCGCAAGAUCUAUGGGAUGACGACGCAGUAAUGUCGACUAUCGAAAAUGAAGGGGGCGACGGCCAUGACGAAGGCAUGGAUGAUCCAGCCGGAGAUUCUUGGGAGACUGAUGACGACGAAGAGGGGGUUGACUUGGAGCGAGUUGGUGAUAGUGGUGGGGCGGUUUUACACGAUGAUCGCACUGUGCGCCCUAACCCCUUUGACGUGUUAGGGGCCGCUGACUACAACGAGGGAUCAAAUGAAGCGCCCCAGCCCGAGCCCUUCGAUCAAUUUGAAGAUGAAGAGACAGAGACCGGGGGGCCUAGUAUUUCUGAUUUAACAAUCGGGGGAAUGCAGGCUGGAGAAAUACCCCUUGGUGAAUCUGUAGGACCCGACCGGCCGCAAGUCGAAACUGUCUUGCCUAUCGAGAUACCAGUCUAUGAACUCAUAGACGAAGAAGAUGAGCGAAGUCCUGACAUCUCACACCUCGUCGAGAUGAAGCAAAACAAAUUUAUAGAGAGCACCCUCAUUGAGAAAUUUCUCGCCUGUUUUGCCGACCUUCAGGGACUUAGCCGUGACGAAUGGACCAUGCUUCGUGAAGGUCUCCAACUCGUUCGUGACAAGGAUGGGAACCAGAUUCCAGAUCUUGUCAAUCUUCCUAAACAGCUCUCAACCUUGAUCAGUCGCCAACGCAAGCGUCUACCGCUUAUCAACAUGCGAGAGGCAGAGAUCCCCCUGAAGGCAGAGAAGUUGCCGACGGAAGCGAAGAAGCGACGCAAGGAAGUCCUUGAACGACUGAAGGCCAUGGCCCAUGGGCAGAAGCCUAAAAAACGUGGCAGAAAGAGAAAGGCAUCACCAAGUCAAGAUGACAAACCCGAUGACAAACCCGAUGACAACCCCGAUGAGCCGCUUGCCUCAGUCAAGCUCACCUACUUCGAUCCUCCGUCAAUGAUCAAGGCAUAUGUGUCAUCAGAUAUCAUGAAUGAUAUAUGGACUGGUCCUGGGCAGUUUGUUGAUUUACCCAAAGAGAUGUACGAGUCUCGGGCGUGGACCAGUUCCAACCGGUCCUCUCAAGGGAUUUAUCCUCAUAUGCCUAUUGGUGCGCGGGUCCUUAUCCUUGCUGGUGAUGACAUCUAUUAUCGAUGCAGCAAGCAUGACUGUCAUUGCCAUAGCAUUGAGGAUUAUAGUGAAGAGGCUGUUGACCUCCAUAUUGGCCGUGUCAUCGGGUAUGGCUGGGAUAUGAGAGCAGAAUCUGUUACAGGCCAGAGCCGGGAAAUUCUCGCCUUGCAGAUUCAACGGUAUGUCAACAAGGACUCACCCGAACUUAGAACAUCAGAAAUCAUUCCGGCAAUGGAGGAUGAUGAGCUUUGUCUUUUCACCGACGUGGAGGGCGAAUACAUCUCCGAGAAAAACGCAUAUUGUCACGUAUCCAUCUUCAAGGAUUAUUGUACCGGAGAGAUCCAUGAGAACCCCAGUCUGCCUAAAGCUCGUGGUAGAAAACGGCGAGAGGAAUACCCUAAGUAUCGGGAGCCCGAAGUCGCUUCCAGGACUCCUGAACAGGAAGACUUCGUUCGUCGUGUGAUCACAAAAAAGUGGGACCCUGAGCUCGAUGGUUUUGUGCUUGACGUCGUCCCACUCUGCCACUCUCACCCCAUUAGAGGCGAACUUGAAGUAGAGUAUUUUGGACGGGAGAUGUUUGAGACGCUUUGGGACCAGAUGUCUCCUGAUUCGUUACCCGUCCUUUCCUUGCCUGUUGUGACUUUCAUCGAUGGAUUCGGAGUAUUCGCGAAUUCAUACCGGAGCUUGAUGGGUUAUUAUAUUACACCAUGUGGUCUUCCGGCAAAGGACCGUCUACGUCCCGGCCAUAUUAUCCCUCUUGUUCUUGGGCCCCAUGGCUCAGACUUUGCUGAAGUCAUCAAGGGAUUAGGAACACUGAGGGACCUAGACAUGGGCGUCAAAAUGGACAUCUCAGGAGAAGAAAAAUUGGUUUGCACAUGGACUAUGGUGUUUAUUGGUGAUAUGCCUCAACAGGCUGAGAACAGCGGCGCCAAAGGCCCUCGAGGCUGGAUUUAUUGCCGCAACUGCUAUAUCAGCACGGGCCAGAAAGAAUUUGACUGCCAAACUCAUGGUCGAUAUCAUUACCAGGUUAAAUUCAUGCAGAAGGAAAUGGAGCGUCAUCAAGGAGCAAAACGCGAUGAGUAUGGCCAACAAUGGGGGAUGAACAAUCCUCGCCCGGCCUUAGAAACAAUCGCACCGGCAUUGGACAUUAUUCUCACUCGGCCAUAUGACCCAUGCCAUUCCGAAUUCGCGGGUCUUCUAAACCUAGCACAUUUUCUCUUCCGGGAUGGUAUCUUGACUGCAGACGCCGUACAAGAAUACACUUUACAUCUCCGUGCCUUUCCGUUGCCACCUGGAACUCGGCGUUUACAGUCGCCAAAGCACCACCUCUCCAGUUACGAAAUGUCAGCGCAUGGUCUCUGGGGUAAGAUCAUACCAGUCUUCCUUCGGAGUUGGCUUCGGCCUAAGCAUCUGAAGCCAAAAUUCCGAGUACAGGCCAGCGAACAUGGCGAACCAGUUAGGUUUGUUAUUGCUGCAUUCACUGCCAUGGCAAAGAGUGCGACAGUCUUGAUGGGAAACACAGCGGCCAGUGAGGACUACAAGAAUUUGAAACAAAUUGUUGCCGAUGGCCGGAAUGCAUUUAACCAGCUAUGCUAUGUUGCAUCAAUGGCGGCAUCUUCGCGUGCUGGUUCUCUCGCUUCCCAAGUUGGGUCCCGAGCAGCAACUCGCGCUCCCGAUGCAUCACAAGCCAACCCAGAAGUCCAAGCAGCUGCUGAACCAGGAGACAGAGAGAAAGCUCUUUUGUACAUGAAGGAUACAAUGCGACCGAACAUCCAUAUAGCAGCCCAUUACCAUGACUUCGCAGCGGAAUAUGGGAUGAUGGUUAACUGUAAUACGUUGACUGGAGAAGACCUUCAUCGGUGA